AUGGAUAGAAAAUCUGCUAGAAUAAAAGCAGAGUUGCAAAGAUAUGGUUGGAAAGUUUCGAAGAAUUUUAAAUAUAGGAAGGGAAGACCCAUAAAAGUCUAUGACAAAUUGUCUGGUCUUCGCUACGAAAUGGAAUUGGAAACAGCACGCGCAAAUUAUCCAAACAGACUAGAGAGGUUAGAAGAAGAACGUCUUAUGGACAUGCCUUUCGAUGUUUCUGAACCGCAAGUUGAAGGACACGACGGCUUUGCCAGAUUCUAUUGGAAACAUGACGAACAAUUGUAUCCUUUGAGAAGGAAAAAAGGAAAAGGUGAAGACAAACAUGCUCCCAUGGAAAGAACAAGAUAUGCAUAUGAAAAGUACCGUGAAGUUAGAAGUCAAAUUACAUCUGGUCGAACCUUUACAGUAAACUUUGACGAAGGAAAGAACAAAGAAGGCUUCAUGGGAGUACUUGCUGCCAUACAAGACGGAAAUAAGAAAGGAUACAAUCUCAGACUAA